ACGCAUGGGUCCGUAUGCUUCCGGUUAAGCUUGUUUGAUCAGCAGUGCUCAGUCUUUUACCCCUCUUGGCUUUCAGUGAAACAGUCACAUAGGGCUCCUGGUUCCUCACCUGUCUCCCCUAACGGUGAACUUAAACCCACGGACAUGGCAUCAUCGGUCUCGGCACACGCACAGUCUAACCCGGCUCCUGCUCCGGCACUCCAGAGAGGAAUCGUGAAGAUGGUGUUGUCUGGAUGUGCCAUCAUUGUUCGGGGUCAACCUCGAGGCGGACCACCCCCUGAGCGCCAGAUAAACCUGAGUAACAUCCGAGCUGGAGCAUUGGCCCGCCGAGCUGCCCAGAGCCAGCCAGAUUCUAAGGACAUUCCAGAUGAGCCAUGGGCUUUCCAGGCACGGGAGUAUCUGAGGAAAAAGUUGAUUGGAAAAGAGGUGUGCUUUACUGUGGAGAUAAAGACCGCCCAGGGGAGGGAGUAUGGUGUGGUCUACCUGGGAAAGGACACAUCAGGAGAGAGCAUUGCAGAGUCUUUGGUGAAUGAGGGUUUUGCCACAGUCCGUAGAGAAGGCAUCAGAGGCAACAAUCCUGAUCAGGCCAGGCUGUGUGAUCUGGAGGACCAGGCGAAGGCUGCUAAGAAGGGGCAGUGGUCAGAGGGGGGCGGCUCCCACACCAUCCGAGACCUGAAAUAUAGCAUUGAGAACCCCCGCAACUUUGUGGACUCGCUGCAUCAAAAACCUGUCAAUGCCAUUAUUGAGCAUGUAAGAGAUGGCAGUGUGGUGCGAGCUCUUCUCCUACCUGAUUAUUACCUGGUUACAAUCAUGUUGUCUGGUGUCAAGUGUCCAACGUUUAAACGAGAGGCAGAUGGCACAGAGAGCCCUGAGCCGUUUGCUGCUGAGGCAAAGUUCUUCACAGAGUCACGCCUUCUUCAGAGGGAUGUCCAGAUCAUCCUGGAGUCCUGUCCCAAUCAAGUCAUCCUUGGUACCAUCAUGCACCCGAAUGGGAACAUCACAGAGCUACUGUUGAAGGAGGGUUUUGCCCGUUGUGUGGACUGGUCUAUGGCUGUCUACACUCAGGGUGCAGAGAAGCUUCGAGCUGCCGAAAGGUCUGCAAAGGAGCGCAAAGUGAGAAUCUGGAAAGACUAUGUUGCCCCAACUGCCAACUUGGAUCAGAAAGACCGACAGUUUGUUGCCAAGGUGAUGCAGAUAGUCAAUGCUGAUGCCAUUGUUGUGAAACUGAACUCAGGAGAGUACAAGACAAUACAUCUGUCAAGCAUCAGACCCCCCAGACUGGAAGGCGAGGAAAAAAUCAAGGACAAGGACAAGCGUUUCCGCCCACUCUAUGACCUUCCCUACAUGUUUGAGGCCAGAGAAUUUAUGAGGAAGAAACUAAUUGGAAAGAAGGUAAAUGUUACAGUGGAUUACAUCAGAGCAGCAACAGAGACAGGCACAGUUCCAGCCUUCCCAGAGCGCACCUGUGCCACUGUAACAAUAGGAGGCAUUAACAUUGCUGAGGCCCUUGUCAGCAAAGGUCUGGCCACUGUGAUUAGGUAUCGUCAGGAUGAUGACCAGCGCUCCUCUCACUAUGACGAGCUCCUGGCUGCUGAAGCAAGAGCCAUCAAGAAUGCUAAAGGACUGCACAGCAAGAAGGAGGUCCCCAUCCACAGAGUGGCUGACAUUUCUGGGGAGACACAGAAGGCCAAACAGUUCCUUCCGUUCCUGCAGCGCGCUGGUCGCUCUGAGGCUGUGGUGGAGUACGUCUUCAGUGGCUCACGCCUCAAACUCUACAUGCCCAAAGAGACCUGUCUCAUCACCUUCCUGUUGGCUGGCAUCGAGUGCCCCCGUGGCUCCAGGAACGUUCCGGGCGGUGUUCAGGUAGCGGAGCCGUUCAGUGAAGAGGCCAUGCUGUUCACCAAAGAGCUGGUCCUACAGAGAGAGGUGGAAGUAGAAGUUGAAAGCAUGGACAAGGCAGGCAACUUUAUCGGCUGGCUGCACAUUGAUGGGGCGAAUCUUUCCGUGGCCCUGGUCGAGAACGCACUCUCAAAGGUCCACUUCACUGCAGAGCGUAGUGCCUACUACAAGACACUGGUCUCUGCAGAGGAGCCUGCUCGUCAGCGGAGAGAGAAGAUCUGGGCCAACUACGAGGACAAGCCAACAGAGGAAGUGGCAGCUCUGCAGUCGGAAGACAAGGAGCGGGUGGCCAAGUACCGAGCCGUAUACGUCACUGAAAUCACAGAUGAACUGCACUUCUACGCACAGGAUGUAGAGACGGGCGCCCAGUUGGAAAGCCUGAUGGAGACCAUGCGAGCCGAGAUUGCUGCUCAGCCACCAGUAGAAGGGUCCUAUGCUCCGCGCAGGGGUGACUUCUGCAUCGCCAAAUUUGCUGAUGGAGAGUGGUACAGAGCCAGAGUAGAGAAGGUGGAAUCCCCUGCCAAGGUUCACGUGUUUUACAUCGACUAUGGCAACAGAGAGACCCUGUCCUCCACACGCCUGGCUCCUCUCCCACCAGCGUUCAGCACCCGCACCCUGGCAGCCCAGGCCACAGAAUAUGCCUUUGCCUUCAUCCAGGUGCCACAGGAUGAGGACGCUCGGGCUGACGUGGUGGACUGCAUUGUGCGGGACGUCCAAAACACACAGUGUCAACUCAAUGUGGAGUACAACGGGGCAACGUGCCCUCAUGUCACUCUGCAGUUCACUGACUCCAAAGACGACGCGGGUCUCGGCCUAGUCAAAGAAGGAUUGGUGAUGGUGGAUGUCCGGAAAGAAAAGCAUCUGCAGAAGAUGGUGACUGAAUACCUGAAUGGCCAGGAGUCAGCCAAGAGUGCCAGGCUGAACAUCUGGCGCUAUGGAGACUUCCGCGCUGACGACGCAGAUGAAUUUGGCUACCGUCGCUGAAAUGUGCCAUUCCAAAGACCGUGUGGAAGGCGAGAUGCACACAUGGACAAGAAAAGAAAUAUAACAAAACAUAAAAAAGAAAGCAUCAACAUUCUCAACUUGUUUCUCUGUCUCUGGUCCUUUAUCCUCUGUGCAUCUCCCUGUCUUCCCUUGACUCUUUGGGUGAGUCAUCAAAGACUUUUCUGCCCCAGCACACCUUGGUAAUCAAAUAUCUUUAAUAUCCAGUAAAGCCCUUUCACUGUUAUCCUUAUCAAAAGCCAGUGGCCAUCAUCUACUUUACCUUUUAGCCAAUUAAACGACUUCUAGCCCCAUGUGGCCAACUCUUUUAAGUGCUCCUCCUCAGAGGAUUGCGCACAGUAAAAUGAGUGGGCUUUACAAGCAGAGGGAGGUACACAGAGGAAUCAUGAAUUCAACAGCUUGCUGAGAAAACACUUCCUAGGAAUGAAAUGAAAUAAUGUAUUGAAAUGUAAAUGGAUAUUAUUUUGAAGUUAGAUAAACCCACUCAAAGUGAACUAAUGACUGUAUUUUUGUCUUUAAUGUAUAUCUGAGUGUUUAAUUACAUUUAAUGACUUUUUAUGUAGGGAGUGUUUUUUAUUAUUUCUUGUGGCAAAGAGCUGCCAACGCCUUGACAAGCAUUUCUCGUCCUCCGCUGUGAAGUUUACAUUCAAUAAUGGUCAUAAUAUCUCUUAUCUCAGCCUGUCUUUCUCCUGCUAUGGCAGAUACAGUGUUUGACUUUGUUUCCCCUUUGAUGGGCCUUUUCAGUGUAUUUAAACCUGCUAAAUAAAACAAGCAAACCUA